CCAUUAGUGAGUUUGAAUUUGUUUGCUUUCCUCUCUUCUUUCAACUCAAGGUCGUUGACUAUAUCUGAAUCGUAACGGUCAAGAUUCUUUGACUUAGUUAUCAACAUAGCCAACCGCAACAGCGAUCCCCCUAUUAAAUUCCCCUUUUGGUAUUGUUUGAAAGCGACCAAUCAUGAGCACGGCACAUCUUAAGACCCAGUACCCAGUACCGGUACCCAGAAAUCCACUUCCAAUCAAGAACUUCAAGGCCACACACUCGAAACAGUUUGAGAUAGAACGAGCCAGUCAGGACUCGCUCCCCGGUGAAUACAUGUCAAGCACAAGUUUGAGCACCAACUCUUCUAGAGCCGAAUCCCUGACCAAUAUCUUUGGGGAUGAUUCCAGUGAGAAUGUGGAUACACAUAGACUGCAAACACCGGCAACCCCGUCCACCAGUAACAACUCAGAUACUUCCUUGCCUACUCCUAGCACACCACCCCCACGGAUCAUAGUUCCUAAAGCACAUACCCCUUCAUAUAGAUCACCGAUACCCAUCGUGUUUGGCUCACCAUUGGGUAUGACCACAAGGAGACCUACUGUGGCCCUGGCGCAUACACCACCCCCACCCCCAUCUUCUGUACAACAUAUUCAACCCUUUUUCGAAACAGCUCAAGAUGAUUACCUUCAGUUCCUUGAACCUAACCCUGUGGCACCACCAGAGUAUGAGAGUCUCCCACCUGGAGGAUGCCCCAAGUAUCCGAUCAUGGGGCCCAUUGAAACAUCGGCGAGCUCAUUUCAAAGUGAAACCUUACCGGAUUACACCCCCACAAUAUAUAAGAUUGGGAUGGUUUCCAGGAAAUGCGAAUGGUUGUCUCCAUAUGAACCAUCAACCACUAGAUCAUGGAGGAAUAUGGUGAUGGAGUUAAACUCAACACAGUUGAAUUUCUACAGCAUACCAAGUAAUUUGGAGGCACACCUUUCCCAUUUCAGAGGAUCAGGAUCCCAGGGAGAGGUACCUUACACAGAUAUGGACAAUUUUAAUUCUACACUCACCGAUAACGAAGAUAUCGAAUUUUACAAGAUGUGUCAACGCGUGGGGAUCAUUCCUAGUGAUGGGACAGAUAAUGCUAGCAAUCAAAGUGGUAGCAAUAUUCGUCGAAACAGUAGCAGUACUAGCAUCAGCAGCAGAGGAAAUAUCAAAAAUAACAAGUUUUUGGUUAGAACGUAUACUCUUCAACAUGCCAGGAUAGGACUUGCUACCGAUUAUAAGAAACGGUCUAAUGUAUUGCGGAUUCGAGUGGAAAGUGAGCAAAUCUUGAUAGACUUUGGAGUUACCAAGACUUUGAUAGAUUGGAAUCUUGCAUUGGGAAUUGGAAAAGAUGUUUCACUUGAUAUUCUGGAAAGAGAAUUGCCUCGUUACCGUACAGUACCAAGAAGAAGACGUAACAGAAAUAGAAACAGAAGAAAUACCACUUCGAACGACACAAAUUCAAGAGAAACGUUUCUUUCAACUUCUGGUACCAACGGGAGAAGAAGGGCACAAUCUGACGCCAAUCUUAGCUAUGGUCAAAAUUCUAUCAAAGGACGUCUAUUCAGAAUGAAGUCAAAGCUUCUGUUAUCUGGGAUGACGGAUUCUUCCAAUAAUAAUAGCAACAUUCUACCUGUUCGAGCCAUGCAGCCCACAUUUAGUGUUGAUGACGAGGAUGACGAUGAAGAAGAAGAAGUAGAUGAAGUGGGCGGUACAGGAGGCGAAGAUGAAGGAGCCUACAGUGGCGCAGACUCGUUAGAUGAUGAAGGGCAAGUGAGAUUUUUGCAUCAAUCUGAAGGGGAUGAAGAAGAAGAGGAUGACGAAGAUGCCGAUGAAUACGACCCUGAAAUCCUCCAGGAGAACGAUAGAAAUGAUAGACAGACUAGACAUUAUAGACCGUCAAUCUCACAUCUUGAAGACUUCAAAUGGGACCCUUGCAGAGAUAACACCACAUCAGAAGCCAAACUUUUCAGAAACUGUCUUCGUUGUAUCAAACCAUUGACAGCCGAAGACUUAUGGAUCGGGAAAGUAUUGGUUAAACCAACUACACUUUCUCCCUUAAACAUGUCAUAUUUACGUAACGUCAAGUACGGAAGUGGAAUUCCUUCUAAUUCCAGUAGUACCACAUCACUUGCUCUGCUUAGUUCAACAAACAACUAUACUACCACCCUUGGUUCAGGUACUUCAUUCAGGAAAAGAAGUUUCUCUAUCAAGGAUAUCCCACACAUGCCUGACACUACACUCCCCAAAGUACCCAAUCAUUUUGUUAAGGAGUAUACCGUAGGAUCGCACGGCUUAAUUCCAAAGCUAAUUUAAGCGGCUA